GUUUGUUUUUGGAAUUGGUGGGGCAGGGUGAGGAUCUUCAAGCCAUGGAUGUCAAAAUCUGUGGAUACACAAUCCAACUGUAUAGCCCCCUCCCCUCCAAAGUUUCAAGUGAGAAUUGGGAAAAGCCUGCCUUUUUCCAGCUGAGCUUGCCCAUCAGGUAACUUAUCUUCUGACACCUGUCAUCUAUAGAGAUUGUGAGGCAACACAGAUGCUGGGCAGUGGGUGCUUUUUCUGUGGUCAUGUCCCAGUUGCAGAAUUGCCUCUCCGGAAGAUUUGCCGGUGCCAUCCUUGCUAUCUUUUAGAUGCCAGUCUCGGCCCUUCCUGUUUGCCUGAGAUUUCAAGAGGAACUGGUACUCAUCGGCCACAGUGGUUUUGGUGGCACCUUGGCACAUCACUGCUAUUUCAGCUGCCUUUGGAAAUUGCACUCUUUGUUGUGGAAUAAUGCACAGCUUGUUAGUUGCCCUGAAGGUUGUUCUGGCUACAAGGGUGGGUCCUUUAAUAUAUAUAUAUUUUACAAAUAGCAUUAAUAUUGUGCUGCCAUCCUUUGCCACUUCCUUCAAGAAGAAUAUAGACUUCAUGUAAAAUGCAGCAUCUGUGUAGAAGAGGCCGGACGGGAAGAACCACUGUUUAUAGUUUCCUGUUGUCCUCCCCUCCUCCUAAUUUCAGAUUGACUUUCAUGUCUCCCUUCCUCCAGGGAAUGCAGCAAUUGCCUUUUCAUGUAGAAUAUAUUUAUCUCCUUGGCACAGAAGAUGGAUGCUAACCGAAUAACUACAUCUUGGCAGAAUCUCAUUUAGUAAACAUACACUCCACGUGCAAAAAGUUGUACAUAGCCAAAUGAAGAAUCUGAAGAUGGCAAAGCAGCAAACGCAAGGCCAAUGACUUGAAGGGUUUCCAACAGAGAGCCAGAAAAUUACAGGUCAUUCAUCUUAACAUCUGUUCUAGGCAGCCCAGUGGAAAGCAUCCUUAACUAUGAAAUUAUCAGGUGUAUAGAAAGAGGAGGCUCGCUGAAACAGAAUCGACAUGAGUUCUGGGCAGAUGUCCAUCAUCCUUUCGGGUCUUAUCCACAUCUUCCGACCACUCCUAUCCUCCCUUUCCGGUGCACUCGACUGCGAGGGCUUAGGACCAUGGUACUUCCUGCUGGGCCUUCGCAUUGUGGCCAUUUUCUUCUCAAACGGGCCAUGGGACUCAGUGAAGGAGGACGUGGCCUGCAAUUGGGUGGCCCCCAUCGAAGACAAGUCACGGGACUUCUGCACAACCCUAUGUCACAACCUCCACUUCCCAUUCUCUGUGGCCGGGGUGUGGGGACUUGUGUUCAUUGCCCUGCUACUCCUGGUGGGACUCAUGAGACUGAGCAGCCCAAAGAAGAAAAAAGAAGAUGGAGAAAAUGGGAAUGGAAACGGGAACGGGAACGGGAACGGGAAAGAGGAUAAAGAAAAAGGCUUAGCUAUUGUGGAAAAGGCACCGCAUGGGAGCACUGCUGACAUGUCCACCGUCUACUGGGUUGGGCGUCGUGGUCUCCCUAGACGCUACGGGGCCUACCGUUCUCACCCCCACCAUCCCCACUACUACUACGGCCACCAUGAUUGGCAUGAUUGGGCUGAUUGGCACGGGGCACCCAUGGUUGGUGAACAUUAUCCUGAUACGGGCUUUGUUCCACCGGACGUUGGAGGCUAUGGCAUGCCUAUCCAUCAGGAGCACAUUAGCCAGACCAAAAUGCCCGACCACUACUAUGACAUGGCUCAAACCAAAACGGGUGCCUACCCAAAGGACAUAAAGCAAAGCAACAAGCCCACACAUGGCCCUGGAACAGAACAAUAUGCAAUGUCUAGCUCCCCAGGUCAGGUGAGACAAACCCGUAGUGCACCCUAUUAUGCAGAAAAGGGACAGUAUAGUGCACCCACCAAGAGUAUCCCUAUUCCCAUUCAUGGCUCACCCCAUAGAGGCAAGAUAACCCCCCGUGGUUCUCCUGGCAAUGAACAUGAUGAGACCUUCCAGCAGAGGUAUAUUAACCCCAAUGACUGUACAAAAUACACUGGCCAAAGUAAGAUGAUGCCUAGAUACUGUGAAGAUGGCCAAUAUGGCAUGGCAUCCAAAUGCAGGCCAGACAUUGAAGGGAGCAUGGGCCAGAUUGCUGUAGUAGAUGACAGUCCAAACAUGGCCAUCAAGCGUCGGCCAGUUCAGGGGACUAAAACACACACAAAACACCAUGUGAAUUUUGAUGCUGCUGGCAACACGUAUGCCCAACCUUGCAUGACCAAGGAUCCCAGCUGCAAGCCCGCUGGUGGGAAGAAAACCAUGGCCGGACCAAGCACUGGGGCAAGCCAUGGCAAUGCAGCCUGUAUGUGCACUAACACAGAUCCAUGUCACAUGGGCCACAAAUGGGAAGCCCAUUGGGAACCCCCUUGUGAGCCCUGCUGCAGGGCUGAGCCCACCCACCGCGAGGGGCAUGGAAGUCGGAGAACUGCUCCUGGGACACAGGAGGAAGCCAAGAUGUCUAUCAGGAAAAUCUGUGGCGUGCCGCUCUUUGACAUCUGGGUGGCCCUUCUUCUUGCGAUGGAGAUCGGCUUCCUCUGUGUUGUGAUUCUUUUUCAGGUGCCCACUCUUUUGGGGAGGUCAUGGAUCUGUACGCCAGGAGCUUCUGGGUGUCCCCAAAGUGUCGAAUGCACUAUCAAAGGGAGGGCCGAAAAGCGAGUGGCUCUCUGGGGACUAGUGUUCACCUCCAUUCUUUUUAUAAUCGCCUGUAGCGGCUACUUUAACCUACGCUUCUGCUGGAAUCAGCGGUGCCAACAAAUGUGCAACGGGGAGGAAAGUGGGGAUGAAGCAAUCACUGAGACAGGAAAGCGGGAUGAGGAGGAAGGUGGCAAUGAGAACAAGGAAGGAGACUGAAGAAGGAGAAGAGAUGGUGAGGCAUACUCAGCUUGUCUUUGCUGUACACUUCAGGUUGCAGGUCAGGCUAGCAACACGGCACCCUUUCCCAAACUCAGCCCUCCAAACUGUUGCUGGAUUUCAAAUGUCAUCGUCCCAAACCAGCACAACCAACAUCUGGGAUAGUGGGGUUUGUAGUCCAAUAAUAUCUGGGGAGAUUGAGAAAGACUGUAAAAAUUCUUUUAGUUGAAACCCAGAAGUCACAAUUUUGGCUUGUAUUCCCUAAUAGCUUCAUUCUCUGUCUUCUAGGAUUUUCUCUUGGUAUAGAGAAGAAACCCAUCAUGGGAAUUUCCUCCUUCUUGUCAUCUUAGUGUAGUCUUCUAUUUUCUUCCUCUACACAUUAUGUGCUGGUUGGGUAUCUCUAAUUCAAAAAUGCUUAGGAUCAGAAGUGUUCCACACUUCAGAUUUUUGAAUACUUUCAUAAUAAGAUCUGGGACAUGAGUGUAAACAUGAAAUUCAUAUAUGUUUCAUGCAUAUCCUAACCUAAUUUUUAUUUUAAAUAAUUUUGCACAUGAAACAAAGCUUGUGUGCGUUAUAUCAUCGGAAAGCAAAGAUAUCUCCAUCUCAGUCCCCUAUGUGGACAACUGGAGUAUUUUAGAUUUUAGAAUUCUGGAUGAGGGAUACUGUAUAAUUAAUAGAACAGCUCCUAGAUUUCCAAUUCUAAGUUUGCCUUCUAUGACAGUUGUUCCCAAUCUUUAGUUUUCCAGAUGUUUUGGACUUCAGCGCUCAGAAUUCCUGACAGUUGGCCAAGAUGGAUUAGGCUUCUAGGAGUAGAAAUCCCAAACAUCUGAAGGACUAAACUUUGGGAAUCAUUGCUCAAUGAGUUAGUUAAUCAAUUUCCUGGCGAUACCACUUGAAAUGAUGGGAUAGAUCUAAAUACUCAGACAGCAAGAGACCCAGUCUGAUCUUGGAUGCUAAGAAAAAUCAGACCUGGUUAGUAUUUGGGUGGAAGACUGCCAAGGUGCUGUAGGCUAAAUUUCAGAGGAAGGAACUGGCAAAACCACUUCUUGAGUAUCCCUUGCCUAAGAAAAUCCUAUGAAAUUUAUGGGGUUACCUUAAGUCAAUAGACAACAUAAAGGCAUAUACACAUGCACUGAAAAUAACAUUCCGCCCACCUUUUUAUAUUAGAAAACUAGGUGCCAAGAAGAAGGGCUUUAAUUUUCUCCUUGACACCUCAAUAUUUUAUGUGCAAGAACAUUUUAUUGUCUGGAGAAGCAUUAACUGUUCUGAGUCUCUACUUGACCUGCAAAGAGGUACAGCUAGAACCUCUUUGCCAACCUGUAUCUGGCAUUGAUGAGUCUGCAGCAGAUGUUUAUACUACCUCUUUUGUUUUGUUUCUCUAGCCCACAAAACCUGCCACCUGCUAUCUCUGUGGCAUUAUGAGAAAUGCCAACUGUAAAUUGCAAGUGGGAGGAAGUGGGAGAAACUGGAACAUUUUAAAAACAGUGUGAGGGCAGAGAGUUAAUUGGAACAGUCUCAGCCAAAUGGGCACAGUUGGAGGUUAUGCCACAGAGCAAACUAGGCAAAUAUGAACAUGUCUUCACACUAUACAGUCUGGAUAAUCUAUUGUUAUGGUUUUCAGUCUUGGUUCUCCAAGGAGCUGGCAGGAAUUGAGAUGACAAGGACAAGUAAGGGAGGAAGAAAACAAAUGAAGAGAGGAAGAGAUUGGGAUGUGUUGAGCUCCUGCUUCAGGUAGCAGAUAUGAGAUUCAUGGAGGAACUGCAAAUCGCUUGAUGCUUAAUUCAUUAUUGUACUUUCUUCUGUCAAGAACUGAAAGUGCUGCUUGUGAGAUUCUCUGCCUCAUGGUCCAAACUAAUUUGUCUCACCUAAGGUGUUAGGCCUUAACUUUGAAUGUAUGACAGAAUGGGCUGUAUCCUCAGGCUACCUGUAUAUACUCAGGUAGAUGUCUCAAAAUUUUCAUUUUCUGUAUAUACUCAGGUAUAUACUUACUGUAUAUAUUCAGAUAGAUUUCUCAAAUUUUUCAUAAAAAUCAUCAACCCAAAAAACUUGGGCUGACUUGCCCACAGGUCAUUGUAAGUACUGUAACUCAAAUAAAAAAAGAAAUCAUUCUCCUCUCUCAGUAGAGUGGCAAAAGGCAAGAGCCCAGGAGAACUUCAGUGAAGUACCUCUACCUUCCACUUUCUGAUACAGGGGCUUUCCCUUUUCUGAAGAAUUAUUCUCAAUUUAUCCAUAGAUUAUAUCAAAAUCUGUAACUUGCCGUCAACUUAUACAUGAGGUCAACUUAUACAUGAUUAUGUGUGGUAUUCACUGCUGGUUUCAUGUCCUGCUCAAUUCACCUGUUUUUUCCCCGAGCCUUCACCAAAAUAUCUUACAUGCUUCAAGCCACAGUCAUAAAGAGUAUAUAUUAUAUUAUUAUAUAUGAACUUAAAUUCAACAGCUUCUACACAAGAUUUCAUGCAAUCCCUGGAUUGUCUGUUUUAGGGCACAUCUAUAUUGUAGAAUCAAUGCAGUUUAACACCGCUUUAACUGCCACAGCUCAAUGCUGUGGGAUCUUGGGAUGAAGGAACUCAAGGGGCCUGAUUUAAUCUGAUUUAUAAAUAGCAAUUGUAUUAAGAAUAGUUUGAUUAAAUGAAUAGUCUUCUUAAGUGUUAGAAGAGAUCAAUAAGAAGAGUUUGCCACAAAUGCUACCAAGUGGCAGCAAUAAACAAGCCCAUUACAUUCCUUAGAGAUGUAAAAGUCACUGGUUCAGGAAAGUCACACCAGCAGACAAUAUAUUCUUUGAAGACAGUGGCCUUAGAUGCAGGAGUCAGAGUUGGCAUUUUGUUUUCUUUUGAUUUUGAUAGAUGGACAUUUGCUGUUUUGAUAAGGGUCUGACCAAAUGGUGCCAUGAAUAGGAUGAAAAGAAAGAAAGCAUGGGAACGGAAGAAUUUUGAAGGUGUGAAAUAUCCUUGGAAAUCCUAUAAAAGUCCAACCAAGCUGUAUCUUGGGGUGGCACUUCUUUUCAUGCUACCCACAGAUUUUAUUCUACAGAAUAAAGCCUGUUGUAUCACUCUCCUCGCCUCAGAAUCUAUUUUGAACCACAUGCUUCUGAGGUUUAAUGAAGCCAAGCCUCUUCAGGGAGCCGAAGUUUGGUGAUGCACCAGCACUCUUUAGCAGAGAAAGCUAUAGACCUUACAAAACUACAACUCUCAUGAUUCCAUAGUAUUAAGUCAUGGCAGUUAAAGUGAUGCCAAGUUGCUGCUGCAUGCCUUCAGGUUGUUUCUAAUUUAGGUAGGUAAAGGUUUUCCUUUGACGUUAAGUCCAGUCAUGUCCGACUCUGGGGGUUAAUGCUAAUCCCCAUUUCUAAGCUGAAGAGCUGGCAUUGACCAUACACGCCUCCAAGGUCAUGUGGCCGGCAUGACUUCAUGAAGCACCGUUACCUUCCCGCCGGAGCGGUACCUAGUGAUCUACUUACAUUUGCAUGUUUUCGAACUGCUAGAUUGGGAGAAGCUGGGGCUAACAUCGGGAGCUCACCCCGUUCCCCGGAUUCGAACUGUCAACCUUUCGGUUAACACGUUCAGCAGCUCAGUGGGGGCUCCAUGAUUCUAAUUUACGGCAACCUCAAAGCAAUCCUAUCAUGAGUUUACUUGGCAAGAUUUGUUCAGAAGUUUGCCAUUGUUUUCCUCUGAGGCUGAGAUUGUGUGACUUGCCAAAGGCCACCCAGUGGAUUUCAAGAAAUAUGAACCUUGUUCCUCAACACAACCUUCAAACCAUGAUCCCAUGUUGGCUACUAAGCUCUUUAUAAACUUUGGAGUUAGAAGUUCCGCUUGUUGUCAUGUCUAUUGUUUGAACCUGUGUGAUGCUCAGAUAGUAUAACUCAAUUGUGUUUCUUUCGCCGUUCUUGGUAAUAAAAAGUGCUGGAAAUGUAUUUUAUUUUAUUUUCAAAAUAAAAACUGUCAUUUUGUUGUGCUCCUUUUAAACAGCUCUUGUUAGUGUGCUCACCGUGGAACUCCUGUUAACUGAGAGAAACCCUUGCGGUCGAUAAAAAUCAUCCCCAUCGAGAAUUCAUAUAUCAAAGAGAGUUAUAUGGCUCCCAUAAAUGUUUGCUCAGAUGGCAAGAUUGCUGCUUAUAAAGCAGGCUGCUUCUUUACCCAUUAUUUCUGUGCAUAAUGUAUGAUGGCCCCAUGAUUUUUUUAAAAAGUCUGGCAUUAAAUAAUAAAAAUAUGUUUGGAUGAAA